GCAAGAAACCUCAUGUGUGUGAGGUAUGUAACAAGGCAUUUGCUCAAAAAUCUGAUUUAAAGAGACAUAUACUUAUUCACACAGGAUUGAAAUGUCAUGUGUGUGAUGUAUGCAAUAAAUCAUUUACUCAUAAAUUUCAUUUAAACAAGCAUCUGCUUCUUCACACAGGAGAGAGACCUCAUGUCUGUGAGGAAGGAAGCCUUGUGUGUGAGGUAUGUAAGAAGUCAUUUACUCAAAAAAGUGCAUUAAAACAGCAUUUGCUUCUUCACACAGGAGAGAAACCUCAUGUGUGUGAGGGCAAAAUUAUCAACAUAGAUACAAUUAAAAUUAAAUUUGACUUCCUUUAUACGUAUUUUUCAAAUCAUGAGAAACAGUUUUUGACUGAUUUUUGUGAUGAAACACUUAGAAGAUAUUUUCCAAGAAGGGAUGCUUUAAGGCAAACUGGCUUGCAUUCAUAUUACACGUGGAAAAAUCAUGACGACGCUUAUGCAGGCAGUCCAUUCACCAGGAUUCAAGCUAUUAGUGUUCAGCUUCUCACCAGCUUGUCCACUGGCACACAACAGCCUCUU